CCAGAUUGGACUGGACCGACCCUCCGCUACCAGAUUGGACCGCUUCUUCUCCAACCCUUCCCAGAGUCCUCCACCUCUCUCUUCGCUAAUCCCCCCCCGGCCUCUCCUUUACAAGUUCCAACACACGGGGAAGCCAACCUCGAGUCAUCCUCUCCUCUUCCUCCUCCUCGCUGCAGCUUCCGACUCCGUCCGUUGAAUUCUCUGCGGCACCUUGUUUACAGAGUCAAAAUCUUCAAUCUGUUGCCCGGGACGGGGAGGGCGGAGGUAGGUAGGUGGCUAACGGCCGGCGAUGGGUGACGAAGCCAGAGGGCGGGCGGUCAACCCGAACUGCCCCAACGCCGUCAACCCCUUCCACCGCUGCGCCGAUUACUGCCCCGUCGCCGCCCCAGCCGUCAAGCCGCGGACGCCGCCGCGGGGCCGCGCUGCCCAAAACGGGACCGUGCACAGCGACGGCGAGGAAGCCGAGCGCGGCGGGAGGCAGCGGGGGGCGGUCAACCCGGACUGCCCCAACGCCGCCAACCCCUUCCACCGCUGCGCCGAGUACUGCCCCGUCGCCGCCCCAGCGGUAAAGCCUCCGCCGCCACCGCCGGGCCGCGCGGCCCAGAACGGGACCGUGCACAGCGAUGGCGAGGAAGCCGAGCGGGGGGAGGUCUACCCGGACCGCUCCAACGCCGCCUCAGCGGCCAAACCUCCGCCGCUGCCCCCGGGCGUCGCGGCUCAAAACGGCGGUAGCGCGCACAGCGACGGCGAGCUGCAGCCCAAGACGCGCCGCCGCGACCGGGCCGGCGGUUCCGGGGGCCUCCCCCUCUAUGUCUUCCUGCGCGAAGGCUCGGACGGGGAAGGCAAGAAGGUAGACCCCCGGUGCCCCAACGCACCCAACCCGUUCCACGUCUGCACCGACCACUGCCUCGCCAAGAUGGUCGAAGCUGGACGCUCGUCGGAGGGCGGCAAGUCCCCCAUUUCUCUCUUCUCCCGCCGCUCCAACCGCUCCACCUCCUCCUCUGAAGAUGGUAGCAUCAAGUCAGGCGGCAGCAAGAAGACAGAUCCAAAGUGCCCGAAUGCCGGUAAUCCAUUCCAUGAAUGUGGAGAGCAUUGUACUGCCAAGAUGAAGGAGGUGGAGAAGCAGAAGAGGACAGACAAGAAGUCGCCUCGAAGGAAAGGGGGGAAGGAUAUUGCAGUGAUGCCAAACUGGAAGGUGGAUCCAAGGUGCCCAAAUGCAGGGAACCCAUUCCAUAUAUGCGCCCAGUACUGCUUUGAUCAUUUGAAUGAAGCUGCACAGAAACCUUCAAGCAAACCAGACACAAAAGGAAAGGCUGUUAUGAAAGCGGCGCAAACAGGAGAAAUCAAUCCUGAUUGUGUCAAUGCAUCCAACCCCUACCACAAGUGUGGAGAAUAUUGCAAGAGAAAUGGUAACAGAUAGACAAGCUAGGCUGGCAAAGCUACCGUUCCUCCUGUAGACGAUGAUGGUGAAAAAUAAGUAAUUCUUGCGGCAGUAGCCUUUUAAGUGGCAGUAGUACCCGUGGCUGGGUCGGCUCAUUUUGUAGCGUGACUGCAGCAUCUCCAUCUUGCUGGUGUUUGCACUUGUAAGCGUUCAUCCCAUACCAAUGAGUUUGCAUAUAUAGGCCAGUGUAAUUUAUCACCCAAAGGUUGUAAAAAUAGAUGGGUCAUAUUCUUUUGUAAGGUAUCGCCAUUAAGUCGGUUUUCCUUUUCUUCUGUCCGGUGGGUGCCUUUAUGCUUGUAAAGAAAACGAGGCUGAUGGAUGCUAUAUUUGUCAGUGAGUUGGCUUCGAAACCAAGAUUUGCGUGCAUUAA